GUCAAAAUUGACAUAUUGCGGCGGCGGCGAAAAGUGAAGUGAUGGUUUUAUUCCUUUUUUCAUACUUUUCGUAGUAAUUUAUGUUGUACAGCUGUACACUGUAUUAAAGACUAGUUGCAAUUUAUGCAUGUCUUUAAGUUUGUAAUUUUUGCACUCAAAUUCUCGGCAUUCAACAUACCGCCGGUUUGGAUAGUGAUUUUCCGCGUAAGCCCGGCUAUGGCAGAUCAGUCCUCGAUCCUAGCAUUGAUCAUCCUGUCUGUUGGGGUAACUGUACACUUUUCACUCCAUAAAGUUGAGGAAGGCCAUGUUGGUGUUUAUUAUCGUGGUGGGGCUUUGCUGCCAAUUACCAGUCAACCUGGCUUCCACAUGAUGAUACCUCUUCUAACAUCUUAUAAAGCUAUACAGACUACUCUUCAAACUGAUGAAGUGAAGAAUGUACCGUGCGGCACCAGUGGUGGAGUCAUGAUAUACUUUGAGAGAAUAGAAGUUGUCAAUAAACUGGAGCCAAACCAAGGUAUGCAGGAAUUGAUUCUGGAUGUGGUUCGCAACUUCACGGCGGACUACGACAAGACACUCAUUUUCAACAAGGUACAUCAUGAACUCAACCAGUUCUGCAGUGCCCACUCCCUGCAUGAGGUGUACAUUGACCUCUUUGAUCAGAUUGAUGAGAAUUUACGAACUGCACUACAGAAGGAUCUGAACGAGAUGGCGCCCGGGCUGCGAGUGCAGGCGGUGCGCGUCACUAAGCCCAAGAUUCCGGAGGCUAUCCGGAAGAACUAUGAACUGAUGGAGGCAGAGAAGUCCAAACUUCUAAUUGCCGCACAACAUCAAAAGGUUGUGGAGAAGGAAGCAGAAACCGCAAGGAGAAAAGCUGUCAUUGAAGCAGAAAAAGAGGCUCAAGUUGCUAAAAUACAGUAUGAACAGAAAAUCAUGGAGAAAGAAUCUUUACAGAAAAUAGAACUCAUUGAAGACAGUAUACACAAGGCUAAACAGCAAACCAAAGCUGAGGCAGAUUACUACCAUCUCAAGAAACAGGCUGAAGCCAACCAACUUUUAUUAACAAGAGAGUACUUAGAGCUUAAGAAAUAUGAGGCACUAGCUCUCAAUAACAAAAUCUAUUUUGGAAAUGACAUCCCAAAUAUGUUCUUACAAGCAAAUAUUGGUGAUAAAGGUGUUCAGGUUGACUGAGGAAGAAUCUUCACCCUGUUAGGUGUCAACUAGUCAACAGGUGUUUUUUAUUGUCACUUAUGUGGUCUGACUUUAUAUUCUGUGGAAUAUAUGAGUACUGAUAAUUUUAUACCACUUCUAGUAACACUCAUAAAGACGUGAUAUCUUGUCAGUGUGUAGCUCUUUUUGACUGAAGUAUGUUUCUUUUGUAAAUAGCUUUUAUGUGUUUGUAAUAAAACUAAGUAAUAAAAA